UGACUAUUUUAAAAGCAAAUAUGUCUUUCAAAUGCAGAUAUCUAUCAUAUUCGCAAUAUAUGGGUCCCUGUUUUUCUAGAGCAUGAAUUUUGGGCUGGCAUGAGGAGUACACAACGGAGUGAGAGCAUGCAUUCUUUCUUUGAUAAGUACCUAACGUGUAGGAGCAGUUUAGUUCAAUUUGUGCACCAGUAUGACAAUUGUCUUGCAGAUAAGGAACAACAGGAGUUGGAGUGCGAUGCAGCAGACAAUAGGGGCCUGAUCCCAUGUGUAUCGAACUCUCCUAUUGAGAAGCAGUUCCAAUAUGAGUACACCAACAACAUAUUUCGCAAUGUUCAAGCCGAAUUUAUCAAAAAGUGUGACUGCAACCUGUCUCCAAGGGCAGUGAAGGACAACCAAUACUUCUAUGAAGUGACUCAACAGAAGAUAAUUAAGGGGAUGUCUUUUUACAGCGAGUAUGAAGUUGUGUUUUGUCCUAUUUCACACCAGGUUAGGUGCAACUGCUUCAGGUUUGAGUCAUAUGGUAUCCUCUGUUGCCAUGUCCUAUCGGUUUUAUCCCAAUGUAGGGUUGACAAGGUGAAAUCGUCGUAUAUACUAUCUCGGUGGAGCAAGAAUGUUCAUCGUAAGCACACUCAUAUUAGAAGUAGUCACGACUCACGGCGCUCUGAUGAAAGCAUGAAUAUAUUUAGGGGACUGUGUGUUGACUUCUACAAUGUGGCCCAGGACUUUGUGCAUGACAAGGAGGAGGCUGAUAUAUUGCGUUCCGCUUUUGCGAGUGCUAAAGUGGCACUUACCGAGCAUCGGGCAAAACAUUCAGAAAGCGUAUGCACAAGUGAGUGUUCUGAUGGAUUAAAUGCUUUGCGGAGCCCUCCUCAUGUGGUACCUAGGGGGCGCCCAAGCUUCAAGAGACUCGAGGCGGAUGUGGACCGGAAAAUUAAGAAUGGUUCUAAGAAACGUCGAGCUAGUAGUAAACGUACAAAGGUUAGUUAUAAUGGCCAUGGUUUAUACAAUAAUCUUGCUCUUGUUAUAUUUUUCAUGUGUUGAGCCUGUUGAAUUUAAGAUAUUCUCAUAUGUACAGGAAGGUGCAGCUGUUGAAGGAGACAAACAUUUAAACAAGGCCACCGAGAGAUGCAUUACUGCUAGCAAACACCCUAAGGAUUUUGCUCCUAUUGAAGAAGACUGUUUCACCCACAACACCUUUUCUUGUAUCCCUGAACAUUUUCAUCAUGCAAAAAAUACGCAAAUGGAUUCCUUAAGCUCGGGGGGAUUUACAACAUUGUUGAAUUCGUUCCAGAACCCUUCUAUUCAUGUAAGAUUUUUGCAUCAGAGAACUUUUUAUUUAUAUAUUAAGUUGUAUUCAUCCAUUUUUUGUUGACAUUAGUUUGUUAUAUUUGUUUGUAGGCGCACUCUUAUAUGAAUAUUGACUAAAGGAUAACACAUGCAAUAGCAGCUCCAGCAUCUACAUAUUCCAAAUCCCAAUUUUAUAUUAGGGUGUCUCAUGUUUUUUUUUUUUUUUUUGACAAUUUCAUUUCUAUUUCUGAAUUUUCG